AUGUUUGGUUCCGUCCUCCGUGCUGCUGUCUCGCGGCCUCGAGUCCUCUGUGUCCCUCGUAUCGCUACCACCAGUCGAACCGCGAGAUUCCAGCCCUUUUCCACAACGAUCGCAAACAUGGCGGAGAUGAAGGACGGCGCUUUCAAGAACAAUGCCACAGUGGCCCCCGAGGGUGACCGUGUGCUGCCUCUGUUCUCGCUCAAGGGCAAGACGGCCAUUGUCUCUGGUGCCGGUGCCGGUAUUGGUCUGUCCAUUGCCCACGCUUAUGCUGAGGCUGGCGCAAACGUUGCCAUCUGGUACAACAACAACAAGAAGGCCCUGGACCGCGCUGCUGAGAUUGAGAAGGAGUACGGUGUCAAGUGCAAGGCAUACCAGGUGAAUGUCACCUCCCACCAAUCGAUUCAGGAGUCAGUUCAACAAAUCAUCUCCGAGUUCAAUGGUCGCUUGGAUAUCUUUGUUGCCAACUCCGGCAUCGCCUGGGAGGAGGGCCCAUUGAUUGACGGCCCCAUGGACAAGGCCGACAAGGUCAUGGCUGUGAACGUCAACGGCACAAUCUACUGUGCCCAGGUUGCCGGUGCUCAUUUCCGUCGCCAGAAGAAGGAGGGUACGACACUCGAUGGCAAGCCGCUUAAGGGCUUCACCUCUGGCAGCUUCAUUGCUACUGCUAGUAUGAGUGGUCACGUUGUCAAUGUGCCGCAGUCGCAGACGGUGUACAACUCCUCCAAGGCGGCCGUCAUCCACCUUUGCAAGAGCUUGGCUGUGGAGUGGGUCGACUUCGCCCGUGUCAACACUGUCUCUCCCGGAUACAUUAAGACUGAGAUUACCGACUUCGUCCCCGAGGAGUCCAAGAAGCAGUGGAGGAACAAGACUCCCAUGGGCAGACGCGAAGGAGAACCCAGAGAGCUCAAGGGCGCUUAUCUGUACCUGGCUUCGAACGCUGCCUCGUACACAACUGGUUGCGAUCUUGUCGUCGAUGGCGGUUACUGCCUGCCAUAG